UUUUUAUUCUAACUGAGAAGAGCCCAGCAAAAUGGGGAUCUCCAUAGUCAUCCUUGAAAUAUGUCUUUUACUGGAUCCAGUUCUAUCUACAGCUACCACCUGGAUCCCCCGCAUUGCAUCUUCAACAACAGAUAUAGCUGCAUGGACUCAGUCCACACUUCAGACAGGCACCACCUGGUUCACCGCCAUCGCAGCUUCGAACACAGAAUUCGGGACUGAUUCAGGAUUGGCCCUGAGGCUGGUGAACGGAGGUGACCGUUGUCAGGGUCGCGUGGAGAUCCUGUACCGAGGCUCCUGGGGCACUGUGUGUGAUGACGACUGGGACACCAAUGAUGCCAAUGUGGUCUGUAGGCAGCUUGAGUGUGGCUGGGCCAUGUCAGCCCCCGGAAGUGCCCGGUUUGGUCAAGGCUCAGGGCCAAUUGUCCUAGACAAUUUGCGCUGCUCCGGGCAUGAGUCCUACCUGUGGAGCUGCCCUCACAAUGGCUGGAACUCACACAACUGUGGCCAUGGAGAAGAUGCUGGUGUCAUCUGCUCAGCUGCUUGGCCUCAGUCCACAAUCCAGCCAGACACCACCUGGUUCACGACCACCACAGCUUCAACCACAGAUUUUGGGACUGAUUCAGGCUUUGCCCUGAGGCUGGUGAACGGAGGUGACCGUUGUCAGGGUCGCGUGGAGAUCCUGUACCGAGGCUCCUGGGGCACUGUGUGUGAUGACGACUGGGACACCAAUGAUGCCAAUGUGGUCUGUAGGCAGCUUGAGUGUGGUUGGGCCAUGUCAGCCCCUGGAAGUGCCCGGUUUGGUCAAGGCUCAGGGCCAAUUGUCCUAGACAAUUUGCGCUGCUCCGGGCAUGAGUCCUACCUGUGGAGCUGCCCUCACAAUGGCUGGAACUCACACAACUGUGGCCAUGGAGAAGAUGCUGGUGUCAUCUGCUCAGCUGCUUGGCCUCAGUCCACAAUCCAGCCAGACACCACCUGGUUCGCCACCACCACAGCUUUAACCACAGAUUUCGGGACUGAUUCCGGUUUGGCCCUGAGGCUGGUGAACGGAGGUGACCGUUGUCAGGGCCGCGUGGAGGUCCUGUACCGAGGCUCUUGGGGCACCGUGUGUGACGACAGCUGGGACACCAAUGACGCCAACGUGGUGUGCAGGCAGCUGGGCUGCGGCUGGGCCAGGUCGGCCCCCGGAAGUGCCCGGUUUGGUCAAGGCUCAGGGCCGAUUGUGCUGGACGACGUGCGCUGCUCCGGGCACGAGUCCUACCUGUGGAGCUGCCCUCACAACGGCUGGAACUCGCACAACUGUGGCCAUGGAGAAGAUGCUGGUGUCGUCUGCUCAGGAGUACAAAGCACUGCUACUACCCCAGAUUGGUGGCACUCAUCAUCUGCAACCAAUACUGCCACUUGGCCUCAGUUCACAACUCGCCAGCCAGACACCACCUGGUUCGCCACCACCACAGCUUCAACCACAGAUUUUGGGACUGAUUCCGGUUUGGCCCUGAGGCUGGUGAACGGAGGUGACCGUUGUCAGGGCCGCGUGGAGGUCCUGUACCGAGGCUCUUGGGGCACCGUGUGUGACGACAGCUGGGACACCAAUGACGCCAACGUGGUGUGCAGGCAGCUGGGCUGCGGCUGGGCCAGGUCGGCCCCCGGAAGUGCCCGGUUUGGUCAAGGCUCAGGGCCGAUUGUGCUGGACGACGUGCGCUGCUCCGGGCACGAGUCCUACCUGUGGAGCUGCCCUCACAACGGCUGGAACUCGCACAACUGUGGCCAUGGAGAAGAUGCUGGUGUCGUCUGCUCAGGAGUACAAAGCACUGCUACUACCCCAGAUUGGUGGCACUCAUCACCUGCAACCAAUACUGCCACUUGGCCUCAGUUCACAACUCGCCAGCCAGACACCACCUGGUUCUCCACCACCACAGCUUCAACCACAGAUUUUGGGACUGAUUCCGGCUUGGCCCUGAGGCUGGUGAACGGAGGUGACCGUUGUCAGGGCCGCGUGGAGGUCCUGUACCGAGGCUCUUGGGGCACCGUGUGUGACGACAGCUGGGACACCAAUGACGCCAACGUGGUGUGCAGGCAGCUGGGCUGCGGCUGGGCCAGGUCGGCCCCCGGAAGUGCCCGGUUUGGUCAAGGCUCAGGGCCGAUUGUGCUGGACGACGUGCGCUGCUCCGGGCACGAGUCCUACCUGUGGAGCUGCCCUCACAACGGCUGGAACUCGCACAACUGUGGCCAUGGAGAAGAUGCUGGUGUCGUCUGCUCAGGAGUACAAAGCACUGCUACUACCCCAGAUUGGUGGCACUCAUCACCUGCAACCAGUACUGCCACUUGGCCUCAGUUCACAACUCGCCAGCCAGACACCACCUGGUUCGCCACCACCACAGCUUCAACCACAGAUUUCGGGACUGAUUCCGGCUUGGCCCUGAGGCUGGUGAACGGAGGAGACCGUUGUCAGGGCCGCGUGGAGGUCCUGUACCGAGGCUCUUGGGGCACCGUGUGUGACGACAGCUGGGACACCAAUGACGCCAACGUGGUGUGCAGGCAGCUGGGCUGCGGCUGGGCCAGGUCGGCCCCCGGAAGUGCCCGGUUUGGUCAAGGCUCAGGGCCGAUUGUGCUGGACGACGUGCGCUGCUCCGGGCACGAGUCCUACCUGUGGAGCUGCCCUCACAACGGCUGGAACUCGCACAACUGUGGCCAUGGAGAAGAUGCUGGUGUCGUCUGCUCAGGAGUACAAAGCACUGCUACUACCCCAGAUUGGUGGCACUCAUCACCUGCAACCAGUACUGCCACUUGGCCUCAGUUCACAACUCGCCAGCCAGACACCACCUGGUUCGCCACCACCACAGCUUCAACCACAGAUUUCGGGACUGAUUCCGGCUUGGCCCUGAGGCUGGUGAACGGAGGAGACCGUUGUCAGGGCCGCGUGGAGGUCCUGUACCGAGGCUCUUGGGGCACCGUGUGUGACGACAGCUGGGACACCAAUGACGCCAACGUGGUGUGCAGGCAGCUGGGCUGCGGCUGGGCCAGGUCGGCCCCCGGAAGUGCCCGGUUUGGUCAAGGCUCAGGGCCGAUUGUGCUGGACGACGUGCGCUGCUCCGGGCACGAGUCCUACCUGUGGAGCUGCCCUCACAACGGCUGGAACUCGCACAACUGUGGCCAUGGAGAAGAUGCUGGUGUCGUCUGCUCAGGAGUACAAAGCACUACUACUACCCCAGAUUGGUGGCACUCAUCACCUGCAACCAGUACUGGAAGCCCACCAAUAAUGCACACUCCUGCUCACAAUGUCACCCACCCAAACACAAAUUAUUCCUGCGGAGGCUUCCUGACCCAGCCAUCGGGGUACUUUUCCAGCCCGUUCUAUCCGGGGACCUACCCAAACAAUGCCAAUUGUCUGUGGGACAUUGAAGUCCAAAACAACUACCAUGUCACCGUUAUCUUCAGAGAUGUCCAGCUUGAAGGGGGAUGCAGUUAUGACUAUAUUGAGGUGUUCGACGGCCCCUCCCACAGUUCCCCUCUGAUCGCCCGGGUUUGUAACGGAUCUGUGGGUCCCCUCACUUCCUCAUCGAACUUCAUGUCCAUCCGCUUUGUCAGCGAUGGCAGCAUCACGAGGAGGGGCUUCCAGGCCGACUACUACUCCAGCCCUUCUGAAGAUAACACCAAGUUGCUUUGUCUGCCUAAUCACAUGCAAGCCAGCGUGAAAAGGAGCUACCUCCGGUCCCUGGGCUAUUCUGCCACGGACCUCGUCAUUUCCACCCGGAAUGAAAGCUCCCAGUGUCAGCCCCAGAUAACGGCCAGCCAGGUGUCGUUCACAAUUCCGUAUUCCGGCUGCGGCACCACCGAGCAGGUAGAUAAUGAUACCAUCACCUAUUCCAACUUCCUCAAAGCAGCUGCUCCAAGUGCCAUCAUCAAGAGGAAGAAGGAUCUCCACAUUCACAUCAGCUGCAAAAUGCUCCAGAACACCUGGGUUGACACCAUGUACAUCGCUAAUGACACCGUCGACGUCAAUGAAGUGCAGUAUGGCAACUUUGAUGUGAACAUUUCCUUCUACGCAUCAUCUUCAUUUUUAUACCCGGUGACCAGCAGCCCCUACUACGUGGACCUGAACCAGAACUUGUACCUUCAGGCCGAGAUCAUCAAUUCUGAUACCUCCCUAUCCUUGUUUGUGGAUACCUGUGUGGCGUCCCCGUAUUCCAAUGACUUUACAUCUUUGACUUAUGAUCUAAUCCGAAGUGGGUGCGCCAAGGACCGCACCUACCGCUCCUACCCCCAGCCGUCGCCUCGCGUCGCCCGCUUCCAGUUCAGCUCCUUCUUCUUCCUGAGGCGCUUCCCCUCCGUGUAUCUGCACUGCAAGAUGGUGGUGUGCAGGGCCGACGACUCCUCCUCCCGCUGCCGCAGGGGCUGCAUCGUCAGGGCCAAGAGGGACGUGGGCUCCCACCAGGAGGUGGACGUCGUCCUGGGACCCAUCCUGAAGCGGGACCCGCGCACUGAGAAGAGGGACCUGGCGACGAGCCAGCCCUCCCGCCCUUAGGCCCCGGAGCGGCAGGGACCCGGGAUGUUUCUGUGGGCGUCGCGUCCCCGCUCCGAUUGGACACCCCUCACGUGCCAGGCCUGCUGGGGCGACAUGGAGCCCGCUAGAUCGCUCCCGCCUUCUUCCGGGGGUUCUGGUCUAUGGGGGACCGCGUGCGGUGCUUGGCCAAGAGAGUUCUGAUCUGCGACACGGACACACUUGCCACCUUUGUCCUCUGGCUCCUGAACUCCCCGCACCUCACGCUCCUUUUCUGUGGAACAAAGACGUGACUAUCUACCGGUUAGGACUGUUGGGGGGUGCAAUAAAACAACGUUAGUUAAACUGCC